GAGCAUAAAAAAAAUGUGUCACUCAUAACCAAAAAUAAACUGAUAUGGGUGAACAAAUAAUUUUUUUGUUUCAGUUUUUAUAAAAAAAAAAUAUAUUUUAGCGGGCGUAUGAUAUUAAACGCGUUGACAAGGAGGAACAGUACAAAGUCCAAGACGAGCUGGGAGGGAGGGAGGUAUAUCCGAGAAGCUGAUGAGGCUGGUGUAAAUGACAAUGAGAAGCACGAAAUUCCUUUUGUGAUAAACCCAAGAAUUUAUGAUAUGGUUGCGGACGAUGAGAAGUUUAUCUGCUGUAAGAAACCAGCUGAAUUUGGCUUUGUUGCAAAUGAGCCAAAACUAACUGAAUGGAUUAAGUGAUAGAGAAAAUCUGGUAGAAUACUUGGAAGUCGGAGGAUAGAAAUCCAAACAAGAAAAGAAAGUCUAUAAGUUAAUUUAGGGGAGGACAUUCUCUAAUUCACUUAUCACACUUGUAACCGUUGACAUCAUUUUGUAAACCCAGAAUCAUCAUGAAGGGAAAAAUAUCAGAUAAGGAAAUAGGAAGAGUUGAACAACGGAACUUACGGAACAACAAAACUAGACGAAUGAAUAAUAAAUUAUUAGCAUUGCAAAAAAAGCAAAACGGCCUCAUAUGAUAUUUAUUUAUUU